CCCACUCGGGCCCUGUCCGGGACCCGCGGGUGUCGCGCAGGGCGGAGGCCCGGCCUCGCCGGGGGUCGGUGGGGGUCCCUCCCUCCGCUCCCCUUCCCCGGACCGGUCACCCUGCCUGCCCUCUGCUCGCCCUCUGCUCGCCCUCUGCUGCUCCUCCUCCCGGAGCACCGUCGAGGAGCAUGGAGGAAGAGGAGGAGGAGGAGGAAUGUCUCCUGCGCAUCCGGGGAGCCACUUUCCGGGUGUCCUUGCCCCGGGGGGACUGUCUGCGGGGGACCGAGCUCAGCCCAGCCGGGACCGUCGCCGGUGGCCUGAGCUUCUGCCUGCCGCUGGCCGAGAUCGUGUGCGUGAAGCUGGGGAAGGGCAGAGUGCCGGCGGAGGAGCCGAAGGAUGCCCAGGAUGGGAGUCUGUUCACAGUAUUCUACGUGAAGAGAGAAAGGCGUCAGCGCUGGCAGCUGGACUCUCUGCUGUGCGAGGCCCAGGAUCCUGCCCGGUGCAGGGAGUGGACAGGCAGGCUGCAGCGGGCCCUGGAUCAACACGGGACCACCCGUCCCAGGAACCUGCUGGUGUUUGUGAACCCGUUUGGGGGUCGGCGCCAGGCCGCGCACAUCUACCGCUCCAAGGUGGCUGCGCUGUUCCACCUGGCGGGGAUCGCCACUCGGGUCAUUGAGACCAGCAGAGCCUUUGAGGCCCGCGACCACAUCCUGCAGCAGGACCUGCAGGGAAUCGAUGGGCUGGUGUGUGUGGGCGGGGACGGCAUGUUCAACGAAGUCCUGCACGGGCUGAUCAGCCGAACGCAGCGCGAGGCCGGGGUGAGCGAGCACAGCCCCGAGGCCAGCCUGGUGCCCCCCUCACUCCGCAUUGGCAUCAUCCCUGCAGGGUCUACAGAUUGUGUCUGCUACAGCACGGUGGGGACCAACGACCCAGUCACCUCUGCCCUUCAUAUCAUCAUAGGAGACAGCCAGCCCUUGGACGUCUGCAGCAUCCACCAGCACGACCGCCUGGUCAAGUUCUCAGUGUCCCUCCUUGGCUACGGUUUCUAUGGUGACGUGUUGGCGGACAGUGCCAGGCGCCGCUGGAUGGGCCCCCUGCGGUAUGACUAUUCAGGCUUCAAGAUGGUCCUGGGUAACCGCAGUUACCAGGGCACAGUGGAGUUCCAGAAGGCGGAGAGCACCCUCUCCCACCCCAGAGACAGCACCCGCUGCCGAGCAGGCUGCCUCGUCUGCGCAGGCUCCACAAAGCACCUGAGGAGAAAGGACGACGACACCAACAGGGAUUCCCAACCAGACCCCGACUCCCCUACCGAGGGCCGGUGGCAGAGUGUGGAGGGCAGCUUUGUGGCCGUGAAUCUGACCUGCAUCUGCAGCGCCUGCCCCAAGAGCCCCGAGGGCCUGUCUCCUUGUGCCCACCUGGCAGAUGGCACGGCCGACCUGGUGCUGGUGCGUCGCUGCUCCACGUUGGACUUCUUGCGCCACCUGAGUCGCCACACUAACCGGGGAGAUCAGUUUGACCUGCCCUUCGUCAGCGUGCACCGGGUCACGGCCCUGAGGUUCACACCCAAGAUGGCUGAAGACUGGACUGAGGAACAGCCCAUCUUAGAGCCCAAGAGCUUCUUCAGCGGCCUGUGUCGGGGAGAGCCCCUCUGGAGCUCUUGGAGCUGUGAUGGCGAGAGUCUGCCCCACGCACCCCUCAAAGCCAAGGUGCAUCACCAGCUGAUCCGCCUGUUUGCCCGGGGCAUUGAGAGUGAGAAAGCCACGCCCCUGUUCAGCCGGGGGUAGCUGGCCUCUUCCCAGGCUUGCUGAGGACGAAAAGAGGGAGGAGGCGGCGGAGGAACCCCCCAUUCAUUUCUGGCCUGGAGUGAGCUGGACGAGAAGUGGACACUGCCCGUUCUCCUUUAGCCCGUAGGGCCCCAGAGCCCUCAGUCCCCAGAGGCGGGGGGGGGGGGGGGGGCGGGACAUAGCUCUAACUUGUUCUCCUGGUCAGGACGAGGCACCCAGAGCCCAAUAGGUGGAGAGGCAGGGCUGCCAGGGGCAGGUUUCUGCCCUCCCCACCAGCCCCGUCGCCAUUCCUAUUCCCUGCCCUGCCAGGAGACCAUCCAGCUUCUUAGACACGGGCACCUAAACUAUUGUUCAACCCGUAGAGGCUCUCCCUGUUUGACUGGGAUAGGAGGCAGGGCUGGUCUCUCCUGCCUUAAGAAUGAGUAGGGGCCGUCUUUUUUCUUUAUAGUAUCUGUUAAGAGCUUACUAUGUGCCAAGCACUGUACAAAGUGCUGGGCGGGUAGAGACAUGAUAAUCAG